GUCCUCCAUCCCCAUGCUGACCCCAGCCCGGCUCCCGCGGGGCCGCGGCCGUGCCGCUGUAGCUGCGCAGGGGAGGGGGAGCCGCAGGUGGUCGCGGGUCUUGUGUCAAAGCGUUUCGCCGUCCAAUUUUUAUAAAGCGAAAGCCUCGGUUUUAAGUUAUUUCCCCCCCCUUAAUUCUGUACUUUGCACGUAAAAGCAUCACCCGUUGGAGCAGCGGUAGUCUUGCAAUAGCUUAUUAAUGGUCUUUCUGCUCAUUUAUUAUGGUAACUUGUAUUUUGAGAAAAUAUAUAGUGGUGUUACAAACUCAGCUUUAAAUAUUUAAUAUGUGGAAUUCAUUUGUCUGGGAGAUACUAAAACCCUUCACUGAUGAUGAACUGCGUUCCCUGGCAUGUCCCAGCCACCAUAAAUCAGCUCUGGCUUUGGGCCCAUGAUGAGUCCUGAGUGGUUUGGGUGAAUGGAAGGAAUAAGGGGCCCUUUGGAUACUGCUAUUGUUGAUGUAAGAAGCGUGGUGAAACUAGUGCUGAAAGUCACUGCACAAACCAAGACAUCACAAGCUUGCAAGUGUCUACUGAUUGGAAGCUAAAAUUAUUUUCUGCUUAUGAAAGCUGGGAAAAUGUUCAGAAACCACUAUCAGGGGGGCCGGUUUGUUGAAAUAUUCAGUGCUCAAGGCAAGAACCCAGGAGCAAAAUGGAAGAUUUUUGGCAACCCAUCAGCUAUAUCAAAAGAAUAUGACAAAGAACUAAAAGGCUUUGUUUUUGUACUUGAAGGAAACAGUCUAACCAACAAAAUGAAGCUACCAAGGGAAACCAAACAAACUUUGGGACUGGUGCAGCAAUUUCUGACACUUCAGAUUUUUGUGCCAUUGGGAAAAGACUUCUCCACUGAGUUACUGAUAACGGAUUUUGACAAUAUUAAAAGAAGAUUGUAUUUGUCAACAGUCCACAAGGAGUUGUCUGUAACCCCUCUGCAUGCAAAAAUUCCUCUGUUUAUGAUCAAGCGCAAAAUAUGGUGCAAUAUGUGUAUUGACUUGGCAGCAUUCACCUAUGAAAUAUUCAAAGGAGCUUACUUCCGGUCCUUGGAUGGAAUUAUUAUUUCAGCCAACUGUAAGCUAAGAAAGGUCUUCACUUUAAAAUUCAAGCCUCAAGAUACAGCUGAGGAAGGUACAUGCAUUGUUACACCUGGGCAAUAUGAGGCCUCAGAUGAUAUUCCUCCAACCUGCCAGCUCAAUUCUGAUGUCCCACAAGUUACACAAGUGCUGGAUCUAAAUGAAAUUCACAAGCCAAAAAUAAAAUGUAGGGGAAAUGCACUGCAAGAAACAGGUAUCUUGGGUAGUAGAGGCAACAUAUGCAACAGAAAAACUCAGGAUGCAUCACAUAUUGCAUUUGGGUCAAAAAUCCUUGGGCCACCUCCAUCUUCGAACAGAAGAACCAAUGCAAAGGUACCUGGAAAGGUAACAAAGACUUUAAGUAGCAAAGCAUCAUGCCAACUUCAAAAUUCAGGAAUGCCAACUGAAACCAUACCAGAAGUUGAGAGAUUGGAGCUACCACUCUGGCCAUGCAAUGAUACUUUAGAUCAAGGAGGCAAAAGAAGUACUCUCCAAACAACUGCAAAUGAAUAUCAAAAUGACCCUGAAAUUCAGACUCAGAAAACAUCUGUAAGUGGAGAAGCAGAUUUUCAGCUCACCUCACCACAAGUACCAUCACCGGACAAAGACAGUGAUAUAAGAUUAUCUCUAAAAAAUACAGCCAAACCCACAUGGGAGAUAACCAAUGAUAAAUGGGUGUUUCCAGAGAGGCUCACUGAGAGUAUUCAGUUGGAUAGGAAGGAGCACUUGGGAGCUACUGGAAGUUCAACCUGCUGUAAUUUACCCUCAGCCCAGAAUGCCUCUGUUGAACAUCACAGCAGGAAAGCAGCUGAUCUGCAAACGAGUAAGAAAGAGGUUUUCACAUUUUCAUCAAAACCUCGAUCAGCUCCUUAUGGAAAGUCUCCAAAUAUAUCACCAGAAAGUUACAUUUUCCCACUGGAAUUGGAGCUAGACAGUAGCGGAGAACAUGAGCAAAGCAGAACUGAAGACAGCUUUGAAGGAACUGACAGCAGUGAGGAGCAGGAUUGCACCUCAGCUGCGAGAGGCACUGCAGGUGAGACUGCCUUACAUCCUCUGUGGGAACAUAUGGCAGAGGAGCAGCGUCAUGAGAUGAGGGAUGACAACAGUGAACUCAUCCAGAGUACUGAGAACAUUGAGAACAGCCACGGUAGACAAGGAACAUCUGAUUCAGCAGUUUUUAAAGAGAUUCCAUUAAAUAAGAUGUCACAGAGAAAUGAAUACUCAAAGAAUAAGGAACACAGCAAAUAUAAUGUUGAAGAGGCCAUCUUAUCAAAACCACAGAGUUCCACCAUGAGAAAAACAGAAUCUAUUAGCUUCCAGAGAACUUUAAAGCCUAUCCGUUCUCUUUCUCCGAUUCAAAGUAAAUCCAAAUCCUUUAGAGUAAUUAGAAAUGUAUCUAAAGAAACUGAAAGAUAUGAAGGAGUUUCAGAUCAAUUUGAAAGAUCUGUCAGUAAAACAUCUCUCAAGAAAGUCUCAAAUGGAAAUUCAUGUCUGACAGCACAAACUUGUGAGUAUGACAGGAAGAAGUACCAGUCAAACAGACUGAGUUCAUCCGAACUACAGAUGCUGGCCAGCAUGAAGAGACAACAAAAUGAAGAAAUAUGGGAUGCUGGGAUCUCCCACGGGCUGAGCACCACACAGAUCGAUUGCUGCAAUGUCAACCUAAAUAUAGCUGAUGAUGAUACAGCAACCUGGAAUUCUUGUUUCCCACCACCCGUCAGUCAGGAGCAUCACUAUCAGAAAGAAAUGAGCCCACUUUCUCAUUCCAACCCACGGGACUGCUUAAAUGUGUUCAGUCCCCCUAUCAUUCCUGGAAGCCAACAACUAGAAGAGAACACUAAAUCUUCAACAAAACAGGGAACUCCAGGUGAAGAUCACCCCAGUGCUGAAGAAGAUGAGGAAGUUUUGCCUCUUUUGCAUGAUCCAUUUCUGAAUUGUUACUUUGACACAAAUUCUGGGAAAUACUGUGAAUUGGCAUAGUCAGAACAUCAGAGGAUAUUAUUUUGUAUUCAUAGUAUCUUCUGAUUUCUUGCAAAAUCUGACUGAGCCAUACAAUUUAUUAUAUAACUUAAAUUAAACAAUAGUUUUGCAACCAAAUUAAUAUAUUUGGCAAACCAUGUCUUAUUUUUAUAGCUUUGUAUUAAAUUGUAAUGCAGUGGAAGAUCACAUAGCAUAAAAGUUCCUUGUGUUUAAGACAGUUAUUUACUAGUCUAAUUUAUUUCCAAUAUUCACAGCUUCCAUAUGAAAACAAAUGAAGCUGAAUCAAGAAGGUUGGUAGUGUUUAUGUGUAAAUCAUGGCUUUACUCAAAUAAAAAACAUUACUUGUUUA